UCCCAGGAUGGACAACAGUCUCCCAACAGAGUUUGAUGUGGUUGUAAUUGGGACAGGUUUGCCUGAAUCCAUCCUUGCAGCUGCAUGUUCCAGAAGUGGUCAGAGGGUUCUGCAUCUUGAUUCAAGAAGUUACUAUGGAGGAAACUGGGCUAGUUUCAGCUUUUCAGGAUUGCUCUCCUGGUUGAAGGAAUAUCAGCAAAACAGUGACAUUGGGGAAGAAAGUACUGCUGCAUGGCAAGACAUGAUCCAUGAAACAGAAGAAGGCAUCACUCUUCGCAAGAAGGAUGAAACCAUUCAACACACAGAAGUUUUUUGUUAUGCCAGUCAGGAUAUGGAUGACAAUAUUGAAGAGAUUGAUGAUCUGCAGAAAAAUCCUUCCUGGGUAGCAUCUAGUACCCUCAUUAAGCCUCUGGAUUCUACAUGCAUGUCUGAAGAAAUGCACCCGUUAUAUGUUUCUAGCUAUGAAGUGCCUGCAAAAGGCACUCCAGAAAACAAUGGAGAAGUAACUGAUACGGCAGAAACCUUGGUGAAAGAAGAAUAUUGUGGAUAUAAAACUUAUAAACACAGAGUUUCAGAUGGUGCUAAAGACGAAAUCAAACCUAUAUUGGAAGACAACAGUGAUCCACCAAAGAGAAACAGGAUUACUUACUCUCAAAUAGUUGAAGAAGGCAGGAGGUUUAAUAUUGACUUGGUAUCAAAGCUGCUUUAUUCCCAGGGACUGUUAAUUGAUCUUUUAAUCAAAUCAAAUGUUAGUCGUUAUGCAGAAUUUAAAAAUGUCACUAGGAUUCUUGCAUUUCGAGAAGGAAAAGUAGAGCAGGUGCCUUGCUCCAGGGCAGAUGUCUUUAAUAGCAAAGAGCUCACUAUGGUUGAAAAGAGGAUGCUAAUGAAAUUUCUUACAUUUUGUUUAGACUACGAACAACAUCCUGAUGAAUACCAAGCUUUCAUGCAAUGCUCAUUUUCAGAGUACUUAAAAACCAAAAAAUUAACCCCCAGCCUCCAACAUUUUGUACUACACUCAAUUGCAAUGAUGUCAGAGUCAUCUUGCACAACAAUAGAAGGCCUUAAAGCAACAAAAAACUUUCUUCAGUGUCUUGGAAGGUUUGGCAACACUCCCUUUUUAUUUCCCUUGUAUGGCCAAGGAGAAAUUCCCCAGUGUUUCUGCAGGAUGUGUGCAGUUUUUGGUGGAAUAUAUUGUCUUCGCCAUAAAGUACAAUGCCUUGUAGUUGACAAAGAAUCUGGAAGAUGUAAAGCAAUUAUAGAUCACCUUGGUCAAAGAAUAAAUGCUAAAUAUUUCAUUGUGGAGGAUAGUUACCUUUCUGAGGAAACAUGCUCAAAUGUGCAGUACGAACAGAUCUCCAGGGCAGUGCUCAUUACGGAUCAGUCUAUACUAAAGACAGAUUCAGAUCAGCAGAUUUCCAUUUUGAUAGUACCUCCAGAGGAACCAGGAGCAUGUGCUGUUCGAGUCACUGAAUUGUCUUCUUCAACCAUGACGUGCAUGAAAGACACCUGUCUGGUACAUCUGACCUGUUCAUCUUCCAAAACAGCAAGAGAAGACUUAGAAUCAGUCGUGAAGAAAUUAUUCACCCCAUAUGCUGAAACAGAAACAGACAAGGAAGAACUUGCAAAGCCAAGACUCUUGUGGGCUCUUUAUUUUAACAUGAGAGAUUCCUCAGGAGUCAGCAGAAGCUCAUAUAAUGGCUUACCUUCCAAUGUUUAUGUCUGCACUGGGCCUGACGGUGGACUAGGAAAUGAACACGCAGUCAAGCAAGCUGAAACACUCUUUAAGGAGAUCUUUCCAAGUGAAGAAUUCUGCCCUCCACCUCCAAAUCCAGAAGACGUUUUCUUUGAUGGUGAUGAUAAGCAACCAGAGCCUCUUGGAGCCAAUACUAUAAUAAUAGCCCAACUAGAAUCCUCUGACGGAAGGAAAAACCUAGGAAGCUCAGAGAAGCACCUUCAAAAUUAGAAAAAAGCAAACUGGAAAUGCUACUUUGGGCCUUCAUCCAGUAUCAGAAUAUUCUCAUUUAAAGGACAGUUUCCUAUAUGAGUAAUUAGAAUUGGUUAUUUGAUGAAUGCCAUGCAGAUGUUGUCUGUAAUUCUCUUUGUGACUUUCAGUUAUUGGAUGUAUUUGUUAACCUAUCAAUAACUGAUUUAUUGGUUAUUGGACUUCUUUUUGUUUCAGAAUGGGCUCCAUGAGCCAGAAUCUUAAACAGGGUUAGCUUUAUUUUAGUACUGGGUAUAUAUGUGAGGGUUCCAUAUUAGCCAUAGUGCUUAAAGGAAAUGGUAUUGUAUCUGCUGAUCUUCAGAUUUUAUUAUUGUCUACAGAACAAUAGCAUCUAAGGAAUAUUUUAAUUACUUUUGUAGCUAUUACAGUUGCUACCACCUCUAAAUAGUGAAACACACACAGAGGAAAUUAUGUGGGUCUUUUGUUUAUAAGAUAAACAUAAUAUAUUAAGUAUGAUCCUUUAUUUGUGAAGGUGAUGUUUACAAUACAUCUUGCAGUUUAAUUCUCCUACUUGACCCUUGUAACCAAUGAGGCAGUGACGCCACCACAGUCUUAUGCAUUGCAAAAAGAGAGAGUUCAUUUGUAGUUGAAGAGCUCAUUCUUGGGAGGUUCAGUCCAAAGAAAAUAUAGGGGAAAAGAUUAGUUCUGGUUUAAUACUUCAGAAAAUUUCUGAGGAGCACUGCUCUGGCACCUAAAAGAAAAGAACAAAGUAACUCAGGCUAAAGAAAAAAUAAAUUGCUCCAGGAAGAGAUAUUUCAGAAUGCUUGUUCUGAAAUUGCUAAGGAGAAACUGAAUGAAGCAUUUUUAACCUGGGGUUACAUAUGGUUUUUAAAAUCCAUCUGUAAAUAGAUUUCCCAAGGUUUCUCAGUGAAAGUGAAGCAUACAAUCUUGUUGGCUCCACCACUUUAAUUAGUAACACUACAGUUGAUAGGAGUGAAUCAAAGGAGGGUUACCAUGUCCCUUUGGUUGUGUCCCACCCCACAAAUAAUGAGGUAAAUGCCUUCAUAAUCGACUCCUUCCUCUUAGCUGUUAUCUAGAGGAUAGAAAACAUUUUUUUCCAGAACUACCAGAAGUCAUAAAGCUGGUUAUACGGUAGCAGCAGAUGCUUGUGGAGCUGUCAAAAGAAAUAAACUUCCUUCCCUUUAGGUCACUGUUUCCAUUCCUCAGACAGAGAAUGAUAAUCCUAUAGGAAGGAUUUAGGAAGGGAUAGGAAAGGAUAUAGGAAGCCCUUUUAAUUACAGUUCUUGUCCUGGAACAGAGCAUUUGCUAUGUGCUAGGCACUUAUUGUGCUCUCUAAUUACAGUUUCUCAACAACCCUGUGAGGCAGAUAUUAUUGAAUACAUUUUCAAAGAGGAAAUAAAGACUUAAUAAUUCUCUCAGGCUGGUUUGUGGAAGAGCCAACAUUGGAAUCCAGGCUUUCAUGAUUUCAAAAUCUUUCAACUGAUGUUAACUGUUAGAAGAGUGUAGGUACUGUAGGAGAAGGAAAAGAUGCUCAUGAAAACCAGUCUAGCAUUGCUAGUGAAUCAAAGUAGACAGACAUCUCUUGGCUUAUUAUUGAGUCAGAGAAAUAUGAAAAUAAAGAUUAAUUAAAAAUAAAUAUGGCUUAGAGCUGUGGAUCUCAUUGAAGCAGAAUUUGUCUGUUUUAACAAAAUCAUACUUUUUAAUGUAUCUCUUGAUUAUUGUGUUAUAAAAAGUAAUGUUACUAGGCCAAAAUAUGCUUUGAAUAGUUUUUUGUUGAUCUUCUAUAUGUGAGGAAAAUGAAAUAAGAAAGAUUUAAGUAAUUUUCAGCUUACUGAAGGAGAGAAGUCAUGAAUUGGUAUUAAUAUGUAUGUUUUGAAUCUAGCAGAUCUAUUAUUGGGUGGGUUCUAAGGCUUAAACUUAUCAAAACAACUGAAAUGUCUGAAAUAGACCUAAAAAUUAGUUAUUAAAAUGUAAAAGAAUUUAAGAUGUUAAGUGAAAUGGAGGUGAAGGUAAUCCAGACCUAUUGAAAAAAUUUUAAUUUCCAUAUCAUGAAUAUUUUUAUUCAUAAGAAUUUGAGAAGGGUAACGAGAAGUUGCAAAAAACGAUAGAACCAAAGAUAAUGGAAACAGGAAAAUGUUAGAUUAUUGAUAAAAUAAGGGUUUUAAAAACUAAGAAAAUGAAUAUAUUGGUUUCCUACUUGAAUGCAAAUAAAUUGGAAAUGAGAAAAGUUAUUACCAAUAAAAAGCAUUUUAAAAAUUAGAGGAUAUUAUAACCUAGUAUAAUUUUUUGACAAGUUGGAAUUUUACCCUAUGGGCUUAUUGAUGAACUUUUUCAAAGGUUCAAAGUAUAAAUAAUAUGUGUAUCAAAAGAUGAUAUAAUAUUUGCAUUUUGAGGUUAAUAUUGCCUCAAUGCUAGGAGUCAAACAUUUUGAAAAGGGUUUCAUUCUGAACAAAUGCAAAAUAUUAGCAAAUGAUACACAACAUAAAAAUAAUUAUUUACUGUGACUCAGGAUUAUAAGGUUGGUGUCCAACAGAAUAACCAUUAAAUCAAUAUCAGCAGAACAAAAUAGUAAAAAUGCAAAGUAUUAACUACAGGUAACUUUAAAAAUAUUAAUAAAAUUCAUU